CUGCUCUACACAGGUCUAACCCAGAGCCCGAGUCAGGCUGAGCAUUUCUUAAAUAUGACAUUGGAAUUCUACUGUUUCCAUGGUUACGGGACUGAGCAUAAAUAUGCUGGAAGAUUUUUAACGUUCCCUUUUCAUCAUAGUUCAGAAGUGGAUCAGCUGGCGAAUGAUACUGCUCUCCAAUAUGGACAUGCCAAAGAUGACCAACGGGGUACUGCCACAACCCCACCUCGUGCACUGGGCCACGGACAUCCUGGCCAGAGAACAUCGCCGCCUGACCCGGACCACUGGGGUGCAGCUGGUCCCUUCCCCUGUUGGACGGGACGCACCAAGGAGACGGUGUGUCUGCCUGCCCCCCAUUGCUGGAGGGAAGGCGGCCCCCGUCCCCCCAGAGGUAGGACGCAACUCCCUUCCCCCCAUCACUGACGGGAAGGUGGCCCCCGUCCCCCUGGAGGUAAGGUCCAGCUUCCUUCCCCCCAUCGCUGGGAGGAAGGCUGCCCCCGUCCCCACAGAGGGAAGGCGCAGCUUCCUUCCCCCCAUCGCUGGGGGGAAGACGGCCCCCGUCCCCCCGGAGGUAAGGCGCAGCUUUCUUCCCCCCAUCGCUGGGGGGAAGGCGGCCCCUGUCCCCCCGGAGGGAGCGCGCACCAUUAAGACCCCCGUCUCCCGGGGGAAACGAUGUGGCUGCCUGGACCCCAAUGCUGGGGUUCAGGUGGCCCUUCUCCCCCCGCAGGGAGGGCGGCGCCGCCUCGCCCCCAUCUCUGUGGUAGACUUUGUUUUCCCAGAGACAGUGCAGCAGUGAGGGGCCACCUGGAUGCAGCCCCCUGCCCUCCUCCUCUGGCAGAGGGCAGGUGACUGCAUUCUUGGCCGAGACUGGUCAUGGGCCACAUCAGAGCCAGAGGCGGCGGCCCCCUUCCCGCCGCCUCCGGCUCUCUAGUAGCCCAUGACCAUUCAUGCCACACAUGCAGCCCCCUGCCCUCCUCUGGCAGAGGGCAGG